AUUUGUGUUAAUAAGUUACUUGAUUAAAAUUUUUCCUGAUAUGGCUGAUAAAAGAAAGUUAUCAUCAUCAAAUAAUAAAAAAAAACGUCAAAAAUUUGAAGAUUUUACUCCAAGCAGUUUUGAAGAAGAUCUUGCAUUUAUAGAAUCAUUAGAAAUAGAGAGUCAGUCUACCAAUGGUGGAAGUCAAAAUGAUGAAAUAUAUAUUCCAACAAGACAAUUGACAAGUAAUUCUACAAAAUGGCGACGUCCUAAUUUACCAGUUAUAAACCCUGACACUGACACAAUUAUUUUUCAGCAACUAGAGGUUGAUCAUUACACAGGAUCAGCUCUCCAAGGAAUGCCUGGACCAACUAGUGGUCCUACGCAGAUUGUGCGAUUUUUUGGUGUUACAAUGCAAGGUAACAGUGUUCUUUGUCAUAUUCAUGGGUUUGUUCCUUACUUCUAUAUUGUGGCUCCACAAGAUUUUAAGGAAGAAAAAUGUAGCCAGUAUCGUGAUUGCUUAGACAAAGCUAUUCUUGCUGAUAUGAAAUCUAAAAAUGAUAUUUCUCAUGCUGUGCUAAAUGUUGAGCCAGUGAUGAAAGCAAGUAUAUAUGGUUAUAAUUUUAACAAAAAGCGUUUGUUUCUUCGUAUCACAGUUGCUCUGCAAAAACUUAUUGCACCAGCAAAACGAAUUUUAGAAGGUGGUUUAUUUAUAUUUGGACCAGGAGGUUGUCAUACUUAUGAAAGUAAUAUUGAUUUUGAGGUUCGAUUUAUGGUUGAUACCAAUACAUUUGGAUGCAAUUGGAUUGAAUUACCAAAAGGUUCAUAUCAAGUGCGAAAAGGUUCAUCAAUGAAGUCACGUUGCCAAAUAGAAGUAGAUGUUGCUUUUGAUAAGUUCAUUAGUCACGAACCAGAAGGUCAAUGGGAUAAAAUUGCACCAAUAAGAAUUCUUAGUUUUGACAUCGAGUGUGCUGGGCGCAAAGGUAUAUUUCCAGAGCCUGAAAAAGAUAAAGUUAUUCAAAUCGCAAAUAUGGUUAUUUAUCAAGGUGAAAAAGAACCAUUUAUACGUAAUGUCUUUACACUUGAUACUUGUGCCCCUAUUGUUGGAAGUCAAGUUCUUACUUAUCAGAAUGAAAGUGAUCUUUUCAAGGCAUGGUCUGACUUUGUAAAUGAAGUUGAUCCGGAUAUGAUAACUGGAUACAAUAUAGUUAACUUUGAUUUUCCAUACCUUCUUAAUCGAGCUAAGGUGCUUAAUGUUCCAAGUUUUUCUUAUCUUGGUCGAAUAUUGAGUGAAAAGACAACUAUAUCAAGUACUGUGUUUCAAUCUCGUGCAUAUGGCAAGCGUGAAAAUAAAGUCAUUAACACUACAGGAGUUGUUCAAUUUGAUCUUUUACAUAUUUUAUUGCGGGAUUACAAGCUACGGUCUUACACUUUAAAUUCAGUUAGCUAUCAUUUUUUAAAAGAACAAAAAGAAGAUGUACAUCAUGCCAUUAUUUCUGAUUUGCAGAAUGGUAAUGAACAAACUAGGCGUCGUUUAGCUGUGUACUGCAUGAAAGAUGCCAUAUUACCAUUGCGGCUUCUUGAUAAAUUAAUGUGCGUUAUUAAUUAUAUGGAAAUGGCUCGUGUAACAGGAGUUCCUUUAUCAUAUCUUCUCACUAGAGGGCAACAAGUUAAAGUUGUUUCACAAUUGCUUCGCAAGUCAAAGGAGCAUGAUUUUAUACUUCCUGCACAAAAAAUUGAAGCUGGUGACGAAUAUGAAGGUGCAACUGUUAUUGAUCCUAUUAAAGGGUAUUACCGAAAACCAAUUGCAACCCUUGAUUUUGCAUCUUUAUAUCCUUCUAUAAUGAUGGCGCACAAUUUGUGUUACACAACACUUCUUUCAAAAUGUGAUUUAGAAAGAAUGAACCCAGAUGAGUAUAUUGUUACGCCAUGCAACCAUUACUUUGUCAAGAAAAGUGUUCGCAAAGGUUUGCUUCCAGAAAUCUUAGAGAAUCUUCUCAGUGCAAGAAAAAAAGCAAAAUCUGAUUUAAAAGGAGAAACAGAUAUAUUUAAAGCAAAAGUAUUAGAUGGACGACAACUUGCAUUAAAGAUAAGUGCUAACUCAGUGUAUGGAUUUACUGGAGCUCAAGUUGGAAAGCUUCCUUGCAUUGAGAUAUCAUCUAGUGUAACUGCAUUUGGGCGUCAAAUGAUAGAGCGAACUAAGCAGCUAGUAGAAGAUAAAUAUAAUAUUAAAAAUGGUUACAAAUAUGACUCCAAGGUCAUUUAUGGAGAUACUGAUUCUGUAAUGGUACAGUUUGGUCCGGAUAAUGUGCCAGAUAGCAUGGAACUUGGAAGAGAAGCUGCAGCAUAUGUAUCAAAUGAGUUUAUUGAUCCUAUUAAACUGGAGUUUGAAAAGGUUUACUAUCCUUAUUUACUGAUUAGUAAAAAACGCUAUGCUGGCCUUUAUUACUCAAAACCAGAUACAUUUGAUAAAAUGGACUGCAAAGGAAUUGAAACGGUUAGAAGAGAUAACUCACCAUUAGUCGCAAAAUUAAUAAACACUUGUCUACAAAAACUCUUAAUUGACAGAGAUCCUGAAGGCGCUGUGGUAUAUACAAAACAAGUAAUAUCUGAUCUGUUGUGUAAUAGAAUUGAUAUAUCAGAGCUAGUUAUUACAAAAGAAUUGACAAAAACUGAAGAAGAGUAUGGUAAUAAGCAGGCUCAUUCUGCUCUUGCAGAGAAGAUGAAAAAACGUGAUGCAGGUUCAGCUCCUAAACUUGGCGAUCGAGUUCCUUAUGUCAUUAUUGCUGGCGUAAAAGGUGCCAAAGGUUAUGAGAAAGCUGAAGAUCCAAUCUAUGUGUUAGAAAAUAAUGUCCCAAUCGAUACAAAACAUUAUCUUGAGCAUCAACUUAUGAAACCAUUGCUGCGCAUAUUCGAGCCAAUACUUGGAGAAAAUAAAGCGGCAGAUCUUUUAUUUAAAGGUGAACACACCCUAGUGAAAACAGUUAUAACAGCAAAGGUUGGCGGUUUAGCAAAGUUUGCAAAGAAGAUGGCUACUUGUAUCCACUGUAAAGCUGUGCUUGCAAAAGGAAAAGAAAAUUCUGCCGUUUGUGACUACUGCAAACCAAAAGAAUCAGAACUGUUUCAAAAAGAAAUGUCAACGCUUUAUUCUCUAGAAGAAAAGUUUAACAAACUUUGGACACAGUGUCAACGAUGUCAAGGAAGUUUAAUUGAAGAAGUAUUGUGUACAAGUAGCGACUGUCCAAUAUUUUAUAUGCGAAAAAAAGUUCAGAAAGACUUGACACAUCAAGAUGAGGUUGUUCAACGUUUUGGUGAAUUUACUUGGUGAAUCAACUAAUUUUUAGUAAAUUUUGUAAAGUCGAUUUUUUGGUGACUUCUUGAUUAAUAGUAGUUAAUUUUAAAUUAUUUUGAAAAAAUAUUUAAGUGAAUGAUUUAAAAAUAUAAAACCUGUCUCUUA